AACCCAGCUGACUGACAAACUGAAUGCUCUCAGCUGUUUUUGUGUAUGCAUGUCUCAAUAGUUCACUUCAGAGCUGAUAGCUGAAGAAACCCAGGGUGCAAACACAAGCUGAGAGGGAGAAAAAGAAAAAGAAAAAGAGAGAGAUAAAAAAGAGAAAAUGCCAGCAUGUACUCACCAUGGGAGUGUUAUGCAGCUGAAUCUAAGCUGACACCAUGGAGAAAGGGAGGUGGAGUUCUGAAGAUGCUCCCAGAGCCUCCAUGCCUGACGAACUGUCUCAUCCUAAGUUUUCGGAAUGGAAGUUUAAACUCUUUCGGGUCAAGUCCAUGGAGAAGGCCCCUCUGUCUAAUGAAACACCGGUGGAAAAGGAAAACCAGCCUGAGGUGGAGAUGGAGAUGGAGAUGGAGAUGGCAGGCUCUCCCGGGAGUGUUAUGAAGCUCUGUUUUGGAGGGAAGAGUAAGGAAAACAUGGAGAGCACUCGAGGGAGAGUCGACCUUAAGCUGCAGGAGAUUGAUACACAUAUGAAUCUUCUCAAAAGCCUGUGUCGUCUUUGUGGUCUCACAAUACGGAAGACUAAAGGUCCAUCGCAUAAAGUCCAGGGAGACUUGGAAGAGUCCAGCCGGUGUGCCUUGCGUAAAAUGGGCUGCAAGUUGGUCACCUGGCCCGAGGUGAUCUUGAAGGUCUUCAAGGUGGACGUGACAACCGACAUGGAGACGGUACAUCCGUCAUUGUUUUGUCACAGAUGCUGGACUGCUGCCAUGAGGGGAGGGGGUUUCUGUUCUUUCACUAGGACCCGGAUCCCAGACUGGAAGCCCCACACUUCCAACUGCAACCUCUGCUUCCCUAAGAAGAGCUCUUUUCAACGAAUGGGAAGGAAGCGGGCCAAACCACUUAAAGGUGCACACAGCCUCUCAAAGAGAAUCAAGAGGGAUUCCCCAGAAACUUCAGGUGCCAAUAGAUCGUGGAGACAGACCACAGAGAAUCCUGUGGGAUCAGGUGGGAAAGAAUGGUUAAAACUAUCAGUGCAGAGAGGACAAUGGGUAAAGAAUAUCACACAAUGCCAGAAGGACCAUCUGAGCACUAAGCUCAUCCCUCCGGAAGUCCCAGCGGAUUUGCUACGUGCUGUUACUUGCCAAGUGUGUGAUCAUCUGCUUUCCGACCCUGUCCAGUCACCGUGUCGGCACCUGUUCUGUCGGGGUUGCAUAGCAAGGUACAGUCGAGCUUUGGGCCCGAACUGUCCCACCUGUAGCCAACACCUGAACCCAUCCCACCUGACCAGGCCAGCCAAGUUCUUCCUCGCCACCCUUAGCUCUCUUCCUCUGCUUUGCCCUAGCGAAGGAUGCAGCGACUGGGUCCGAUUGGACUCCUUUAGGGAACACUGCCUCAACCACUACCAUGAAAAAGAGUCCCAGGAAGAACAAACACCUUCAGAGCAGAAUCUCAAUGGUUACUUGCCAGUCAACAAAGGUGGGCGCCCUAGACAGCACCUGUUGUCGCUGACCCGUCGGGCUCAAAAACACAGGCUGAGAGACUUGAAGAACCAGGUGAAGGUGUUUGCUGAAAAGGAAGAAGGAGGGGAUGUGAAGUCUGUCUGUUUGACGCUCUUCCUUCUGGCAUUGAGAGCUGGGAAUGAACACAAACAAGCAGAUGAACUGGAAGCUAUGAUGCAAGGCAGGGGAUUUGGUCUGCAUCCUGCAGUGUGUUUGGCUAUAAGAGUCAACACCUUCCUCAGCUGCAGUCAGUACCACAAGAUGUAUCGCACUGUGAAGGCCACUAGUGGCCGCCAGAUAUUCCAGCCCCUGCACACACUGCGUAACGCUGAGAAAGAGCUUCUCCCCGGGUACCACCAAUUUGAGUGGCAGCCGGCUUUAAAAAACGUUUCCAGCUCCUGGGAUGUGGGCAUCAUCGAUGGCCUCUCUGGUUGGACAACCUUUGUUGAGGAUGUCCCUGCGGAUACCAUUUCCAGACGAUUCCGCUACGACGUGGCGCUGGUUUCUGCAUUAAAAGACCUGGAGGAGGAUAUAAUGGAAGGACUACGAGAGAGGGGGCUAGAUGACAGCAUUUGCACGUCCGGCUUUACUGUGGUGGUGAAAGAAUCAUGUGAUGGUAUGGGAGAUGUCAGCGAGAAGCAUGGAAAUGGUCCAGCGGUUCCAGAGAAGGCAGUGAGGUUUUCCUUCACAAUCAUGUCCGUCUCCAUCCGAGUUGAAGGUGAGGAUGAUGGCAUCACCAUCUUCCAAGAACCAAAGCCAAACUCUGAGCUCUCUUGUAGACCUUUGUGCCUCAUGUUUGUGGAUGAGUCCGACCACGAGACCCUGACGGCGAUCUUGGGACCCGUGGUAGCAGAGCGGAAAGCCAUGAUGGAAAGUCGACUCAUCAUAUCUGUCGGUGGCCUGCUACGCUCGUUUAGAUUCUUCUUCCGGGGUACCGGCUACGAUGAGAAGAUGGUUCGUGAAAUGGAAGGACUAGAAGCAUCAGGCUCCACUUACGUAUGCACACUCUGCGACUCAACCCGAGCUGAAGCCUCUCAAAACAUGGUGCUUCAUUCCGUCACACGUAGCCACGAUGAAAAUCUCGAGCGCUACGAGAUCUGGAGGAAAAAUCCUUUCUCGGAGUCCGCCGAUGAACUCCGUGACCGGGUCAAAGGGGUUUCCGCGAAGCCUUUCAUGGAGACCCUGCCUACUUUGGAUGCCCUCCACUGCGACAUUGGCAAUGCGACUGAAUUCUACAAGAUCUUUCAGGAUGAGAUCGGCGAAGUCUACCAGAGGAGCAAUCCGAGUCGUGAGGAACGCCGUCGUUGGCGGUCAACUCUGGACAAACAGCUAAGGAACAAACUGAAGCUCAAGCCUGUGAUGAGGAUGAACGGGAACUAUGCGCGCCGGCUGAUGACACGUGAGGCCGUGGAGGUGGUCUGUGAGUUGGUUCCUUCGGAGGAACGACGUGAGGCACUCAAGAGACUGAUGGACCUCUACGUCCAGAUGAAGCCUGUGUGGCGAUCCACAUGUCCCUCCCGAGACUGCCCUGACCAACUCUGUCGAUAUAGCUACAACUCUCAGCAAUUUGCUGACCUCCUUUCCACCACAUUUAAGUACCGCUAUGAUGGAAAGAUUACCAACUACCUCCACAAGACUCUGGCCCAUGUUCCUGAGAUUAUAGAGAGAGACGGGUCUAUCGGGGCAUGGGCCAGUGAAGGCAACGAGUCUGGGAACAAGCUGUUCAGACGUUUUAGGAAGAUGAACGCGAGGCAGUCCAAGACGUUUGAACUUGAAGAUGUUCUGAAACACCACUGGCUGUACACCUCUAAGUAUCUUCAGAAGUUUAUGGAGGCUCAUAAGAAUUCAGCGAAAGCAAUGCAAGCCACAUUUAACCCAGAAGAGACUCCAGAUGAUGUGGUUGAUGUGGCUCUUGAAGUUCCAGAUUUUUGAGUUUUUCCUCUGAUUGACUUUCUUUAAUGGAGCGUUUUUCUUGCUAAUGAAAAUAUUGUUCAGUAAUUGAUUUUAUUUCUUGAGAUGAGAUGUAAUAUCACGUUUAAUGGCUUUAUUAUUCAAUUCAUUAUUUUUUUUGAAGCCAGUGCAUAAACGUGAGCUAAAUUGUUUUAUGGCAGAGAUAAAAUUAUAUGGGCAGAGCUUUUUUUUUUUUCUCACUAGAUUUUACAGGCAAAUUGUCUGUGUUUUAUCUCUCGCUGCUUGUGAAAUAUGAGGGAUUUCAUUGUAUUGCCAGGUUGUGACAACUUCACGAAUUCAUUCAGAAGGGUUGUUUAUGAAAACUUAUGAGGGAGUUGUAAGUCACUGAAAUUGUGUUAAAGGAACCCCACAUUUAUGAAGGCUGUACUAAUAUAUCACACAGGACAAAGGCAUUAUGAAAUUAGAAAUGUGAAUUGUCUCCUUUGCAGGAGGGCUAGAGAGAAGGACUAUUUUAGCAAUGCAUUUAUUUUGAACUGGUCCACAAAUGACUCCCAUAGACUCUAUGCUACAGCAUUUGCACAUUUAUUUAGAUCCUACCCUAUAUUUCUACCUCAGUCUUCCAUCCUACUGCCAUUCACACACACAUUUUCAAAUUUUCUUGAAGAAAUGGCAGUGUAUUUUACUCAAUAAAACCUAUUGACUGUUGUCAGACUUACUUUGUGUUGCAGUUCAGAGGUAUGUGCUCUGUUCAUCUCUUGUACCUCAAUUUAUUAAUCAUGUUUCUCUUAUUUUGUUUAAUAAUCAUUGUGUUUAUUGUAUUCUCUUAAAACGGGAAGAUUUCAGUGAUCCACUUUUUACUUUGACUUGAACUGAUUGAUUUCUUUGUUAAGUGAUUUUACUGAUUUAUUUGUGUCUUUACUUGAUUGAUUUCUUUAUUGCAUUCUUUGAUAUUAUACAUAUCUAAAUGCUUGAAUUUUUCUUUGUACUUUGGGUAGGUUUAAAAACAAGGUACCUCACAUAAUUCUAUUAAACAUAGGAUUUAAAUAGUAUGUGUAAAACUUUACAUUAUGUUUAAAUUGCUUUGUUAUUUUUUUAAAUUUGCAAUAAAACACUGCAUUGCACUGUUCGUAAUUGUAUAAAAGUUGUGUAGACUUGCACAAGGGCACUGAUGUUCUUGUAAAAACGUUAUUUUUUUUUUUUUCAUUGUGCAAGAACAUUACAGUGAUUGUUGUAAUUCAUGAACUUAUGGACUUUUUCUUAAAUAUUGAAUAUAAUUGGUUAAUUGGUUUGUAAUAACUGACUUUCUUUCUUCAAUUCCAUCUAAAUAAAAUAAAAUCAUUAACAAUU